AUGGUGCGCGUUCAAUUUCAUUGCCCAUCCACCAAGAAGACUGUCGACGACUUCGUUGUCUCCCCGUUCACGACCCUCGAGCAAGUUCUACCAAGUGUACGACUUGCCCUCGACCUCAAGUACGCCGCGAUCUACACUACCGAGGCCAAACCCAUCACCGAGCCAAGCAAUCUUCAAGAAGAUCAGCGAGUCCUGGUAGCGGCCAGCGCCACAGAGGUUAUCCUACCCGAUUCGCCAUCCGAGUGGGUCUUGUACGACGGCAAGGAAGGCGAUGAUGUCGACCCGGACGUUGAGUGCUACGGCCUUGAGUGGGAUGAGCUAUGUGAUCACGAAAAAUGUCUCCACAUCACCAGCCUGAACGAGCAGAAGCCGACAACCCGCAACAAGCUUCGAAUCACACGCGAGUACAAACCUGUUGAGGCCCACAUCGACGAGUACCUGGGCCCUGAGCCAUUAUCUACAUCAAAAGCUGCCGAAUUCGAGGACCAGAUCCAGAAGUGUUGGGGCGUUGCCGUCAGCGACUUCCUACCUACGUCUAUGAAGAUUUACAACGCCAACAAGUACAGCAGCAAGCCCUGUGACAUCGAGACCUUGGCUGCGUUGAGUAUCACGGCCAGCUUCACCCAAGGCCAAUCUCGUCUCGCCCUCGAAGUACUUGAAGAAGCGGUUGCUCUUCGGACUGAAGAGGAUCAGGGUGACGACAAGGAUCCCGCCUUGCGGAAAGACGAUGUCCUCAACGCCAUUACCAUCGUCUAUGAGCGGGCUGAAGUCAUCCCGGCUAAGCUAAUCAAGGGCAGGAGUGUGAAGGGGAAGGCGAGGAGGAGGUCCUCGAAAGGCGGUCAGAAGAAGGGCGGUGCUAUGUCGAGUUGAGCGAAGUGAUGGAUGGACGAGGCGGCUACAAGAUAGGUCUGGUGUUUACAUGGAGUUACUUGAAGGAGCGAGAAUAUACCCGGAGUCUUUUGAAAGUAAGGUUAGAUGUAGGAAGUUAUACCCCGGCGGCUACAUGCGGUUUGUACGGUACAGAUGAACACGGGAGUUGUCUAUGAAGCUGUGAAGAUGGGCUACAGAAUGCGAUUGCAAUAGAU